AUGGAUAAACUUGGAAAAUCAGAAAAAAAAAAAAACCCCAGCCCUUUAACAAGAGUUGGUUGUCCUGCACGACUAAGGGUCAAUUUAGACAGGUCAAACAACACUUGGGUUGUGCGAGACUUUGAGCCACAACAUAAUCACGAUUUAGCAUUACCGCAUGAAAUCCAAUUCCUUAGAUCAAACAGGAAGGUGAAAACAACAGUUGGGGAGCAGGUUAUGUCAAUGAGGAGAUCUGGAAUACGAACUUUCCAUAUAAUGAAUCACUUGGCUCAAGAAAGAGGAGGUCAAGAUUACGUUCCUUUCCAAAAAAAAAAAAGAGAUCCUUACAAUUGGAAUGGUCGUAAGGGACAAGAAACUCAGACAGAAACAGACUCAGAGGGGGCAUUGGGAUACUUAGAAUGUUUGGCAAAACGAGUUGAUGAGUUUUAUGGCGUAUAUAACACAGACAAUGAUUCAAGGCUAGCCAAUCUUUUUUGGUGUGAUGGAAUGUCAAGGCAGGACUACCAAGCAUUCAUAGAUGUUUUGGCGUUUGACACAACAUACAAGACAAAUGCUUACAACAAGCCCUUAUUGAUGCUAGUUGGUGUCAACCAUCACUUUCAGGCUAAUAUGUUUGGUUGUGCGUUGUUAUGCGAUGAGAUUACCUCCACAUUUGCAUGGGUUCUUCAAUGCUUUCUCAAUGUUAUGAACAACAAACAUCCAACCGUAGUAGUCACAGACGGGGAUCAUGCAAUGCGAGAAGCAAUUACAGAAGUAAUUCCAAAUGCAAAACACUGUCUUUGUUCUUGGCACCUAUCAACCCAUGCAUCAACCAACUGUACCAAUCCAGCAUUCAACUCAACAUUUAGCCACCUAAUGUACCAUUUCUACACUGAUGAAGAAGAGUGGGAGGAAAAAUGGAGAUCUGUCAUUGAGCAAUUUGAAUUGCAAGAUAAUGGAUGGAUUCAAACUCAGUAUGAAAAGAAAAAAACUAGGUAG